AUGCGCGCCACUACAGCAUGUCUCGCGAAAGGCUUCUGGGCGCGCAGUCUCGAUGAGUUCAAGCGCCUCUCCCAUAUAGCAUUGACGUUCGAAGCCAUCAAAGGGCCGCAGGGCCCACUGCCCCUGCACGACUUCCACAAGCCCGAAUCGCUCGAAGAGUGCAAGAUCAUGUGCGACGCCGACAUGGGCGGCUUCUCUCAAGCCUCGCUCGACUGGAUCGCCUCGUCCCCCGACAACAAGAACGGGCACGCCCGCUUCCACGGCAACAUCUCCACGGCCCUGCCCCCCAACAAGCCCGACAUCCAGCGCUCCGGCUACGCCGCGUGGCGGACCCUCGACCGGCGCGCCACCCUCUUCGGCCGGUCCCUCUGGGACAUCGACAGCUACGCCUUCCUCGCGCUGCGCCUCAAGUCCGACGGCCGCAGCUACUUCGUCAACGUGCAGACCGACUCCAUCGUGCCCACCGACCUGCACCAGCACCGGCUCUUCGCCAAGCGGCCGGGAGAGUGGGAGACGGUGCUGAUCAACUGGAACGACUUCGUGCGCACGAACCACGGCUUCGUCGUCGAGCCCCAGGCCGAGAUCCUGCGCCAGAGGGUCCGCUCCAUCGGCCUCGGCCUGACCGACCGCGUCCCCGGCCCCUUCGAGCUCUGCAUCGAGAGGCUGUGGGCGACGAACGAUAUGAGCGAGGGAGACGACCACGCCGCGCAGCCUCUCGCGCGGGAGGGAGAGCUGAAGGACAAGCAGGGGCGGAAGGUCAACUGGAAUGACAACUGA